UGCUGUAACAGUGUGUGAAGAGAGCAGAAGAGGGGAAAUACAAUCUGAAACUAAACUGCCAAAGCCUAACACCACGUAGCAACAGUUUGGAAAAAAAAAAUUUAAACAGAAGUCUGUGUGUGAGACAGACAGACAGCAUACCUCCUAUUUCUCCUGAUUGGGAUUUCUGUGAGAAGAAACUACGUUCCUCUUCUGCUCCCUACCCUAUUUUCUGCAUUACUUCAACUGCUGGUAGACCUAGAAGAGUGGGAAAAGCUUAUCUCUCUGGGUGCUUCUGCACUGGACACUUUUCCAGGUCUUAAAUCUGCCUGUGUAGUGUGGAGCAAGCUGCUUUGAUCUACAAAGAACAAACUGACAUUGUAGGAUAGUUCCUAGGGUCCUACUGCUGUCAGGUGGGGAUGAGAUCCCGAAACCAAGGUGGAGAAAGCUCUCCUAAUGGGCAUUUCCCCAGUUCUAAGCCCAUUGUUAGCAAUGCAGAGAAUGAAAACCUUCAGGAAGAUGCCAAGAAAAAGAACAAAUCUCAUCGAAAGGAAGAGGAAGUCAUAGUCUCAGGGACUGUAAAAAGACAGUUAAAGUCACCAGCACCUGGUGAACGAAAGAACAAGAAAUCCAUAGAACUUUCUAAAGAGGACUUAAUCCGGCUCCUCAGUAUAAUGGAAGGAGAACUGCAGGCUAGAGAAGAUGUGAUCCACAUGCUGAAGACAGAGAAAACCAAACCUGAAGUUUUAGAGGCCCACUAUGGAUCAGCAGCUCCAGAGAAUGUGCUGCGAGUAUUGCAUAGGGAUGCCAUCCUUGCCCAAGAAAAAUCCAUAGGGGAAGAUGUCUAUGAGAAACCCAUUUCAGAGCUGGACAGACUGGAAGAAAAGCAGAAAGAGACAUAUCGACGCAUGUUGGAACAGCUCCUCUUGGCCGAGAAGUGCCAUCGGCGCACAGUUUAUGAGCUGGAAAAUGAGAAGCAUAAACAUACAGAUUACAUGAACAAGAGCGAUGACUUUACCAACCUCUUGGAGCAGGAGCGUGAAAGGUUAAAAAAGCUUCUCGAACAGGAAAAAAUCUAUCAAGCCCGCAAGGAGAAAGAACACACAAAAAGACUCAAUAAACUGAGAGACGAACUGGUCAAACUCAAGUCAUUUGCACUCAUGCUGGUGGAUGAGAGACAAAUGCAUAUUGAACAACUUGGUCAACAGAGUCAGAAAAUACAAGAUCUUGCUCAGAAACUAAAGGAGGAAGAAGAAAAGCUUAAAGUUAUUAGUUCAAAAACAAAAGAAGAUGGACAAAAAUUGAUGAAGUUAGAAGCAGAACUUGAACACAAGACAUUAUCAUUUUCUCAAGAGCAUGAGGAGAUGACUGCUAAACUAGGUAAUCAAGAGUCACAUAAUAGACAGCUGAGACUAAAGCUGGUUGGUUUGACUCGUAGAAUUGAGGAGCUAGAAGAAACUAACAAAAAUCUUCACAAGGCUGAGGAAGAACUUCAGGAAUUAAGAGAUAAAAUAGCAAAAGGAGAAUGUGGAAACUCUAGCUUGAUGGCUGAAGUGGAAAAUCUACGCAAGCGUGUACUUGAGAUGGAAGGCAAAGAUGAGGAGAUCACAAAAACUGAAUCCCAGUGUAGAGAGCUGAAAAAGAAACUGCAAGAGGAAGAACAUCAUAGCAAAGAGCUGAAAUUUGAAGUGGAAAAGUUGCAGAAGAGAAUGUCAGAACUGGAGAAACUGGAAGAGGCUUUUAGUAAAAGUAAGACUGAAUGUACCCAGUUGCACAUAAAUCUGGAGAAAGAAAAUAAUUUAACCAAAGACUUAAUAAGUGAGUUGGACAUGGUGAAGACUCGAGUGAAAGAUCUUGAAUCUUCAGAAAGUAAGUUGGAAAAAGCUGAACUAAGCUUAAAGGAGGACCUUACCAAGCUGAAGUCAUUCACUGUCAUGCUGGUGGAUGAAAGAAAAAAUAUGAUGGAAAAAAUAAAGCAGGAAGAAAGAAAAGUUGAAGGUCUGAACAAAAAUGUUAAGGUGGAACAAGGUAAAGUUAUGGAUGUGACUGAGAAAUUAAUAGAUGAAAGUAAGAAACUUUUGAAACUGAAAACUGAAAUGGAGGAGAAAGUGUCCAGUUUAACAAAGGAAAGAGAUGAGUUAAUUGGGAAACUGAAAAGUGAAGAGGAAAAAUCCUCUGAACUGAGUUGUAGAGUUGAUUUGUUAAAGAAAAGAAUUGAUGGUAUAGAGGAAGUUGAAAGAGAAAUAGCAAGAGGUCGAGCCAGAAAAGGACAAGAACUUGCUUAUCAUGAGGACAACAAAAUUAAAGAACUAACCAUUGAAAUUGAAAGACUGAAAAAACGUCUUAAACAAUUGGAAGUGGUUGAAGGAGACUUGAUGAAGACAGAGGAUGAAUAUGAUCAGCUGGAGCAGAAAUUUAGGACUGAGCAGGACAAAGCUAACUUCCUUUCUCAACAACUGGAGGAAAUGAAGCUCCAGAUUGCCAAAAACAAAGCAAUAGAGAAGGGUGAAGUGGUGAGUCAGGAAGCAGAGUUGAGGCACAGGUUUCGGUUAGAAGAAGCUAAAAGCAGAGAUUUGAAAGCAGAAGUGCAAGCUCUUAAGGAAAAAAUUCAUGAGCUGAUGAACAAAGAAGACCAGCUUUCCCAGCUCCAGGUUGAUUAUUCCGUUCUUCAGCAAAGAUUUAUGGAAGAAGAAGAUAAAAACAAAAAUAUGGGUCAGGAAGUCCUGAACUUAACAAAAGAGUUAGAGCUUUCUAAGCGUUACAGUCGUGUCCUUAGACCCAGCAUGAAUGGUAGAAGAAUGGUAGAUGUUCCUGUGACAUCCACUGGGGUGCAGACUGAUGCAGUAAGCAGUGAAGUGGCAGAAGAAGAAACCCCAGCUGUGUUUAUAAGGAAAUCCUUCCAAGAGGAAAAUCACAUCAUGAGUAAUCUGCGACAGGUAGGACUGAAAAAACCCAUAGAGCGCUCAUCUGUGCUGAACAGGUAUCCCCCAGCAGCAAAUGAUCUUGCAAUGAGGAAAUCUUGGAUACCAUGGAUGAGAAAAAGAGAGAAUGUGUCCCAAGGAGCUCAUGAUAAAGGAGCCCGAACACAUGGUAACCCAGGACAUCCUGGAGAGGUUGUCCUUUCCCCAAAGCAGGGGCAACCUCUUCAUAUUCGGGUGACUCCAGAUCAUGAGAAUAGUACAGCUACUCUGGAGAUAACUAGCCCAACAUCUGAGGAAUUCUUUUCAAGCACCACUGUCAUUCCAACCUUGGGAAAUCAGAAGCCACGGAUUACCAUCAUUCCCUCUCCAAAUAUGUCACAAAAAGGAAAAGGUGGCGAGAGCUCAGUGGGCCCAGAGCGUGCUAUGUCACCUGUUACUAUAACUACUUUCUCCAGAGAAAAGUCAGCAGAUGGAGGGAGAGCUCCUUUCAUGGAAAGACCCAUAUCCCCAAUUCAGAUUAUGACAGUAUCUACGUCUGCAGCACCAUCAGAAAUCUCUGUCUCUCCAGAAUUGCAGGAUAUGACCAUGGGAAGGGCUGUUUUCAAAGUAACACCAGAAAAACAAACUGUCCCAACCCCAAUCCGGAAGUACAAUGCCAAUGCCAACAUUAUAACAACAGAGGACAAUAAAAUUCACAUUCACUUAGGUUCUCAGUUUAAACGCUCCCCUGGUGCUGCUUCUGAGGGAGCUAGUCCUGUGAUAACGGUCAGACCAAUGAAUGUAGCAGCAGAAAAAGAGGUUAUGACUGGUACCGUCCUUCGUUCCCCUAGGAACCAUUUCUCCUCCAGGCCUGGAGCAAGCAAAGUGACAAGUACCAUAACUAUAACUCCAGUUACAACAUCAUCCACACGAGGAACACAAUCAAUGACAGGACAGGAUGGGUCAUCACAGAGACCUACACCCACCCGUAUUCCUGUGUCAAAAGGUAUGAAAGCAGGAAAGCCAGUAGUGGCAGCCCCAGGAACAGGAAAUGUGACAAAAUUCGAGCCUCGUGCCGAGACUCAGUCUAUGAAAAUAGAACUGAAGAAAUCUUCAGCCAACAGCUCUGCCUCCCUGGGCUGGGGGAAGGGCUGAGGGCAGUGGCUAAGGGGAGAGUGUCAUCAUUCAUCAGUUACGCAUGAACUCUAGAUGAGAUACCAUACCCAAUGUAUUCUAUAUGUGUGCUUCCUCUCCACACCAGUUGGAUGGAUCACUGUUGAAGCCCUCUACCACUAUCACCAUUGUCUCCUGUGCUACUGAUCACUGACAGAAGUUUUUUACUGCUUCCAUUGGAUUAUUAUGAUUAUUUGUAGAGUUUUUAAAAAUAAUGGCCUUGUUGAUAAUUUGAAAAUAUGUAGAGAGAGAGAAAAGCAGUUAUGGUGCCAGCUGAAUGUUACUCUUAUUUUGGAAAGCCUAAGGCACCAGCUUGAUUUUGUUUGGUGGUGUUUCCCAUAUAAUUUAUUUUUAUAAAACACUUUAAUGUAACUUUCCCCAAAACUUCCAAUUGCUACUGUCCAUGGCAUGUUAAUUUGUAGAAUACACUGUCAAAAUUCUUAGUGUCAAUUGAUAUUUUUGUAUUAACGACAGUAAAGGAAGUUUAAAUUUUAAUCUGAACAGAGCUUUCUUUAUUUUUAACAGAAAUAGUAUGUAACACAUUUUCCUGCACCAUAUGACUGUGAGACUAAAUGCUCAAAGGACUGCCAUAUAGGGUAUACUGGUAUAGAAUUUUUCUUGCACUGUGCAGCAAUUCAGCAUAAAACUGAGUACUAACAAACCAAAGCCCUGAAGUACUACCUGAAUUUAAAGAUUCUUUUUAAACAUUGUAAACCAGUUUUCACUAAGCUGUGAUUAUUAUUAUUUUACAAUAUGUUUUUACUUCUGCCUGUACUGAAAAAAGUCAAUUUUCACCACACUGUAACGAAUAAAUUUUCACAAGAAUACAAAUGUAACCAAGUGUUUGGAUUAUGCCACAAAUGCCAUAAGGCUAACAGUGUUGAAGUUUAUCUUGUUGGUUUUAUUUUAUAGUAAGUACUACUGAUAAAAAAGGAAUUGUAUGGUUUUUGUAGUUACCAUCUUUAGGCUGGUAUUUCAUUACAAUAUCACAGUGCAUACUACAUGCAUCCAGAUAUUGUCAGUGCUGUGAAGAAAGAUCUAGCAUCUGGCAUAAUUAAUGAUGCCAUUGUUUCUAACUUUGAGUUUUCACUAUGCUAUCAAAUAUCACAUCUAUAUAAGGAAACUGUAUUGUAAAGCUGUCCAAAUGAUAAUAUAACAAGACUCCACGUAUGCCACUGCAAGGUGAACUUAAAUUUUACAGCAGUGGCCCUUUGAUGACUGAUGCUGCAUUCUGAAGCAUAAUGAGAAUUCUGUGGCAGCUACAUUUGAAUUAAAAAUGGAUUUUUAAAUGACUUAUGUAUGAAAUUGAAUGGAACCUGUAUGGUAUCCCUCAUGCUAUUUAUUUUUUAUAAUAAAUUCAUUUUAUUUUACAUUUUCCCCACAUUUUCAGUUUCCAAUUUGCUGCAGACUUAUAUAUUAUUAGUGUAUAAUGGUACUGUAAAGCUGCUGGGGAAAACUGGAUUUGGCAGCUGAAUGCGGGGCUAUUGGGGCUUUUGGCAUUUGGGGAGGUGGUUUGAGAUUGUGGGAUAAACAUAUUAACGAGUCCUUUUUGCUGAAAUGAUCAAAAGUGAAACAGUUAACAAUUACGACAUUUUAAAUUUGUCGUAAGUAGAUGUUAACAUCUCACUGAGAUUUUAAUAAGCAGAUAACCCAUCAGGCUGUCUGCAGACUUUGGAAGGUAACAUUACAUUUGGUUUAUAGUCAUUCAGAUAGUCUUUUCAAGGUUAUUUCACAACAACUGAAGCUGGACUGUUUUUUUUAAGGCAAAACUUUAGAGCACAAUUUUGCAGCAAGGUUGGGGCGGGAAGGGGGGAUUCUGCAGCAAAUUUGACAGCUGUAGAAUAGCAGGAACAUGCUUGUCCCUUGUAUAUCUUAUUGACAGCAUUUUUAAAGCUGAAGUUACAUUCAGUUUUAUGUGACAGCUUGGUUUCAAGUUUCCUGAAAUCCUAAUAUUCUUUUGUUUUGUAUAAACUUUUUAUAUAGAGUUCACUUUCACUGGGUAUAAAGUGCUGAUAUGGUAACCAAUAUGAGAAAGUUAUAAUGACAUCCAGAAUUUACAUAGCAUAUUUCAAUUUCCUUACACAGAACUGAGGAAUAUUGACUUGCAGUGUAAAACGGGAGUAAGACAGUGGUGAAUCAGAACCACUUAUGUGCCACUGAUGCCUAUGAAGUUACACCAGCACAAAAUGGGAAUUAACAUAGUGAUAAACCAAGCCCAUUGCCUUAAAAAACUUUACCUGUGAAUGAAUAUUCAUCUGGGGUAAGAACUGGUUUGACUUAAUCUAUAAUGAACCUGACAGCGAUUUGAAAAGUAUAGCAACACUACUGAAAUAGUUUCUCUGGGUUUAAAAGUAGAAUAAAUGUCUCAAUAGCAGUAAAAUGAGUCCCCCCCCCAAUCUGGAUUAACAAGAAAUCUCAUUAUGGUAUGUGUGAAGAAACAUUUUCCUUUUGUUUUUAGGAAUACUCGCUCCCAAUCCGACCCCUCCACACUCACACUUUCAAAAGUUUAAAAAGUGAAUCUGGUGGUUAACAGAAAUACAGUUAUAGUUUAUUUUACCCUAAUCAGUUUUUAAAAAUAUUUUGGAUGAACUGUCUUAUUUAUCUAAGAGGGAAACUGAGAGCAGCAGCCAAAAUAAAACACCAUACAGACAGGUACUAAUUAUGCUUUUCUAUAGAGAGUGGAAUUAUAAAGUUUGACUGAACUGGCAUGUUGCAAGCAGCUGUAAAACAACAAAUACCUUCUGGUUGAAAAUCAUACCUGUGCAGAGAGUUUUCAUAUGGAGGGUAACUUUAACUUUCUGUGAAUUAGUAUUACGGACUUUAAAUGCAACCUAAUUCAGAUUUUAAUCCUGACUUCAAAAUAUGAAAAACUAGUCUGUUUUGGGGUACUUUGAAAGUCUAUUAAAAUAUACUAAAAAUGAUUUUCUAUACAUGCAUUUUUUA